CUGUGUGCAUGAAGGAAUGAGAACUUGCGCAAAUAAAUGAAUGAAUGAAUGAAUGCAUGGGUGGGUGACGCAGAGGAUGGCGAUUGGGGCUGGGCUCCAGCUCAGCCCUGACUCACUGGGUGCCCGGGGGGGGUAGCCGCCGCCCCUCUCUGCGUGUCAGCUUCCGGAAUUGCAACAUGAGGUAAUUGAGGAUCCUCCUUGCGCCAUUGAGCAAGCAACGGGAAACGGUACACUGCCGCUCCCCACCCCCCAGGCGUCUCCCAGUUGGGAACCCCAACACUCACACACUUUUUUGGGGGGUAAAUGCAACAAGAAUUGAUCACUGACAGCUGCGCCUCCACAGGCCUGGCAUCGAAAACCCAAGCCAGCGAGGUGUGGGUAGUCAUGUCAGCUUUAUGUCUCCUCACUGGGCAUGCACACCCAAGCCUUUGAAAAAUCCUAGUGGUUUUUCCACCAUCUGACCCAGCAGUUCCCCACCCAGGUAUUUGUCCAAAGAAAAUGAAAACACGAACUCAAAAGGAUACCAUGCCUAUAUGGGUGAGAGACUGACACCCAAGACAGCAAAUAAGAAAAUCCAUAGCGUUCGGUGAGCAGAUAACCGCUAUGGAGAAAAACGCACAAUCAGCCAGGGAGAGAGGGAGCCAUGUAAGUGUCUAGAGGAAGAGCAUUCCAGGCAGAGAACAGUGGAUGCAAAGGCCCAGCGGUGGUGGCGCAUCUGGCACAGCCCAGGAGCAGCAGGCGGCACAGAGCGAAUGAGGGUUCGCAUUGCUGCUGCUGGAAGCCUGGCCAAUGGCUAGGACCUUCUGCUGUCACCCAGAUUUUAACGUCUCCAAACACAAGUAUUUUAAGAGGAACGUUUAUAUUCACGCCUGGACUGGAGAACCGGUGGCGCUGGCUGGGGACAGUAGGACGUUCUGGGCAGUGUCAGGUGUGCGAGCCCUGUUGGUACCGCCCCGGGACCCUCUCCUCCACGCACACAGCGGGACAGAAAGAAACACGACAAAAGAGGGCGCACCUGCCAUGGAACCCACCGCACUCCCCAAAGCGCUGUUCCCCGUCUUCACUAUACCAAGGCUGGCUGACCCCUCCGAGGGCGCUGUAUUUUGUCACCCAGAGCUUUCCUGGCUUCUGUUUCACAGGGGUGUGUGUGUGUGUGUGUGUGUGUGUGUAUGAGAGAGAGAGAGAGAGAGAGAAGGGGGGCUUGUCCUGGGAGACGCUCUGGUUCCCUCCAAUUGAAAGGUGGCCCAGAAAGGGGGACACACAGGGCCAGGGCCACGCAGCCAGGUGGCCCAGCCCUGCAGGCAGCGGGCAAGACUCAGCAGAGCUGGGGAGGCGGGCGCAGCGGGGGUGGAGGCGCUGGACAGGAGGGGCGUGGUCGGCGCAGGAUGGGCGUGGCGAGCGCGGGCAGGGGGCGUGGCGGGCCCGACGUGAGUUGGGCUGAGUGCAGGAGCCUUGGGAUCCUCCAGACGUGGCCCCAACCAAUUAGAGGAGGAAUCGGGGCGCCCCCCCCCCGCCUCCCCGAGCUGCGUGCUCCACGGCCCGGCGCCGGGAGAGGGCGGGCGCCGAGGGUCUCGCCCGUAGGAUUCAGACACUGGUUCCUGAGCCCUUCUGGCCGCCGCGGGGCUGAGGAAGGGCUGCCUCGGUUUCCCCUGGGGGGUCCCGGGAUCUGAAUGGAAGGCCACCCAGCCUCUCUGUGCCUUAGUUUUGCCAUCUGUCAAAUGGGGCUGACCAUAGCAUCGACUUCAGAGCGGACGGAAGGAGUAAAUGAAUUCCCGCAGGAAACUGCCUACAAUGGUGCCUGGUGCAUAGUAGGCCAUGACAUGUGCACGCAGGAAGCUUUCCAAGCCCAGAGGAGCCGGCUGGUGGGGCUGCUGGGCUCGGGGUCCCUGGAGGCCUUCGAGAGCGUCCUGGACUGGCUGCUCUCCUGGGACGUGCUGUCCUGGGAGGAAUAUGAGGGCCUGCGCGUCCUGGGCCAGCCCCUCUCCCACUCGGCCAGGCGCCUCCUGGACACCGUAUGGAAUAAGGGUGCUUGGGGCUGUGAGCAGCUCCUGGCGGCGGUGCAGGAGGCGCAGGCCGACGGCCGGUCCCCCGCGCUGCGAGGCCACUGGGACCCCCACUCCCCCCACCCGGCCCGGGACCUGCAGUGCCACCGGCCAGCCAUCGUCCGGAGACUCUACAGCCACGUGGAGGGCGUGCUGGACCUGGCGCAGGCGCGGGGCUUCCUCAGCCCGUACGAGUGUGACGAAAUCAGGCUGCCCAUCUUCACGUCAUCCCAGCGGGCGCGGAGGCUCCUGGACCUGGCCGCGGUGAAGGCCAACGGGCUGGCCACCUUCCUCCUACAGCACGUGCAGGAGCUGCCGGACCCGCUGGCCCUCUCUCUCGAAGACGCUGCGUGUCAGAAGUACGCGUCCAAGCUGCGGACCACGGUCUCGGCCCAGUCGCGCUUCCUGAGCUCCUACGACGGGGCGGAGAACCUGUGCCUGGAGGACAUCUACACGGAGAACGCCCUGGAGCUGCGGACGGAGGCGGGCGCCCCGCAGACCAGCCCUGCCCCCCUGGGCCUGGACGCCCUCUUCCGCUCCGGGGGCCGCCUCAACGCCGACGCGGACACCGUGCUGGUGGUGGGCGAGGCGGGCAGCGGCAAGAGCACGCUCCUGCAGCGGCUGCACCUGCUGUGGGCGUCGGGGCGGGAUUUCCAGGACUUCCUCUUCGUCUUCCCUUUCAGCUGCCGGCAGCUGCAGCGCCUGGCCAAGCCCCUGUCCGUGCGCGCCCUGCUCUUCCAGCACUGCUGCUGGCCCGACCUUGGCCAGGAGGAAGUGUUCCAGUUCCUCCUCGCCCACCCCGAGCGCGUCCUCCUCACCUUCGACGGCUUUGACGAGUUCAGGUUCAGGUUCACGGACGGCGAGCGGCACUGCUCCCCGACCGAGCCCACGUCUGUGCAGAACCUGCUCUUCAACCUCCUGCAGGGCAACCUGCUCAAGAACGCCCGCAAGCUGCUGACCAGCCGCCCGGACGCCGUGUCCGCCGGCCUCCGCCGCUACGUGCGGGCCGAGCUCCACCUCAGGGGCUUCUCAGAGGACGGCAUCGAGCUGUACCUGCGGAAGCGCCACCGCGAGCCGGGCCUGGCCGACCGCCUCGUCCGCCUGCUCAGGGCCACCUCAGCCCUGCACGGCUUGUGCCACCUGCCCGUCUUUGCCUGGAUGGUGUCCAAAUGCCACCAGGAGCUGCUGCUGCAGGGCGGGGGGUCCCCGCGGACCACCACGGACAUGUACCUGCUGAUCCUGCAGCAUUUCCUGCUCCACGCCUCCCCACCGGACGCGGCCCCCCACGGCCCGGGGCCCGGCCUUCUCAGAGGCAGGCUCCCCACCCUCCUGCACCUGGGCCGCCUGGCUCUCUGGGGCCUGGGCGUGAGCUGCUACGUGUUCUCGGCCAAGCAGCUCCAGGCGGCGCACGUGGACGGGGCGGACGUUUCCCUCGGCUUCCUGGUGCAUGCCAAAAGCGUGGCGCCCGGGAGCCCGCCGCCCCUGGAGUUCCUGCACAUCACCUUCCAGUGCUUCUUUGCCGCCUUCUACCUGGUGCUCAGCACCGACGUGAGGCCCUCUUCGCUCAGACACCUCUUCAACUGCCGCCCCACGGGGAGCUCGCCGCUGGCCCGGCUGCUGCCCGCGCUGUGCGUGCAGGGCCCGCCGAGCGAGGAGGGCGGCGUGGAGGCCUGGCUGCAGCAGGCCGAGCCGCACAACCUCCAGAUCACGGCCGCCUUCCUGGCAGGGCUGCUGUCCAGGGAGCACCGGGGCCUGCUGGCCGAGUGCCAGGCGUCCGAGAAGGCCCUGCUGCGGCGCCAGGCCUGUGCCCACCGGUGUCUGGCCCGCAGCCUCCGCAAGCACUUCUGCUCCAUCCCGCCGGCCCUGCCCGGCGAGGCCAAGAGCAUGCACGCCCUGCCCGGCUUCCUCUGGCUGGUCCGCAGCCUGUACGAGCUGCGGGAGGAGCGGCUGGCGCGCAAGGCUGUGCGGGGCCUGGACGUGGGGCACCUCAAGCUGACCUUCUGCAGCGUGGGCCCUGCCGAGUGCGCCGCCCUGGCCUUCGUGCUGCGCCACCUCCGGCGGCCCGUGGCCCUGCAGCUGGACCACAACUCGGUGGGCGACGUCGGCGUGGAGCAGCUGCUGCCCUGCCUGGGCGUCUGCAAGGCUCUGUACCUGAGAGAUAAUAACAUCUCGGACCGCGGCCUGUGCACGCUCGCCGAGCACGCCCUGCGCUGUGAGGAGCUGCAGAAGCUCGCUUUAUUCAACAACAAGCUGACGGACGGCUGUGCCCAGGCCCUGGCGCGGCUCCUGGAGUGCCGGCAGAAUUUCCUGGCACUGAGGCUGGGGAACAACCACAUCACCGAGGCCGGGGCCCAGGUGCUGGCCCGGGGGCUCAGGGCCAACUCGUCGCUUCAGUUCCUGGGCCUGGAGGAGAACCAGCUCGGAGACGAAGGCGUCUGCUCCCUCGCCGAAGGGCUCAGGAGAAAUCCCAGCUUGAAAGUCCUCAAGCUGUCCAACAACUGCGUCACCUACCGAGGCGCGGAAGCCCUCCUGCGGGCCCUGGAAAGGAAUGACACCAUCCAGGAAGUCUGGCUCCGGGGAAACGCCUUCUCUCGGGAGGAAAUGGAGACGCUGGGCCCCAGGGACGCCAGGCUCCUGCUGUGAUGUCUCCGGCCGAGGAUCCCCUUGGUGUGUGUGAGAGCAGCCGGGCAGCCCCAGGGGCUGGAUGACACCUGCGCCCGCCCGCCCGCCCGCCCGUCCGGACGGAGCCCUGUCCUGCCCAGGCCAGCUCAACAGUGACCUUUGUUCUGGCACAGAAGGGGCAUCCAUGCCCUCGGAGUGGACGUCUCCACGGUCCCCGUGGGCCACCGAGUCCUUCCCUCGCUUCACGGCUGCAGAGAGGAGCAGCCCUCCGUGUGGCGGGGCGGCCUCCGGCGGAUGCAGCGCGUCAGGAGGCCCACGAAGGCUGCCGAGAGCCUAUUGGUGGGGACCUGGAUCCCCGUGAGGAGCCCCUUCCCACGCCUCUCACAAUGGGGGCCGGGGGUGUUCGGGGAGAAACUCUCUUUUUUUGGUAUAUGUUGUUGAUUAAAGAGAGAGGAAGGGAGAGGGAGAGAGAAACAUCAAUGAUGAGAGAGAAUCAUGGGCCGGCUGCCUCCUGCACGCCCCACGCUGGGGAUCGAGCCCGCCACCCAGGCCUGUGCCCUGACCGGGAAUCGAACCGUGACCUCCUGGUUCAUAGGUCGACGCUCAACCCCUGAGCCAUGAGGGCCGGGCAGGAAGGAACUUUAUGCUGUGGGUCAACCAUCCAGGCUGCUCCCCCAUCCGGUCCCUCCACCCACCCUGGACGCGCACGUGGCGUUUCCUCUGGGGCCGAGGACUGCGGAGACCAGUGUCCUCCGCUUUGCUAUCCUUACCUCCCGGCCCCAUGAUGGGAGGGGCUGCCAUUCGCCCUGCGCUCCUUUCUGGUCCUUAAGACGUUAAUGGAGGGGACACACGGCAGCUAUUGAGUCCCCCGGAUUGUCUAGAUCUGCGAGAAGAAUGUGACCGCACGGCAGCUGGUGCCACACGCGGACUUUCAUUUCCUGUGACGUCCGGUCCUCCAGGGAAGCCGGUGGCAUCACCUCGCCAUCCGGAGGCAGCUUUGAAAGAAUCCGUCCGCGCCAGGAUUUGGAACGCCCUCCGCAGGUCUCCCUCCGGGGGCUGCCUGUGAGCUGGACUCGGACAUCAGACUCCCAACUAUCCUCCUAAGAGACGAUUGAUUUUUAAAAUAAUUGAUUUCAGGGAGGAAGGAAGAGGGAGAGAGAGAGAGAAACAUCAAUGAUGAGAAUCAUCCAUCGGCUGCCUCUUGCAUGCCCCCUACUGGGGACACAGCGCAACCGGACAUGUGCCUGGCUGGGAAUGGAACUGGUGACCUCUUGGUUCCUGGGUCAGCGCUCAACCACUGAGCCACACCGGCUGGGCGAGGCAAUUGGUUUUUGCCAGAUGCUCCGGGAUGUGAAGUCACGGAUGAAAAGUUUACAGAAGCAAAUCAGAGCCCCUUCCUCACCAAGCCGACGCUCUCUGCUCUCCGGGGUUUCCCGAAGGGCGCACAGAGCCUUUGUGAGCCCGCAGGUGCCGGGCACGCGUGAUUAUGCUCAACAGCGUUGCUCGUGGAAACCGGUUACUAUUUAUACACCUCUUUAUUUUAUUCUCCCAAGUUUAUAUUUUUAUUAAAAAAAGACGCGUGAGAAAA